UGUAAUUUAUUGUGCUAAACGCGUUAAGGCAGAUACAUGAACAACUAGUGACAGUGCAAAGAAACGUCCCUUUCAAUUGAAUCGAAUUGAAAAAUGUAAUAAAUUGCAUCGAUCUUUCUAACGUGUUGUUAGCUGUUAACAUUUAAAAUAUCUAACGCCUGGGUUAUCUCUAAGAGGUUACUGGAGCGAGUAAUAGCAUACGUGUACUGUUUUUAAGUCGUGCACGUACGAGAAUUUUCGACACGAUCGUGAACAGGCAUCCAUAAAAGCGUCGGUGUUACGCAAUCGGGGGAGGGCUGUCCAUGCAAAGAGAGGAGGGGGACGUAGGAGGAUACGUGCAAAUACAGUCCUGAGCACAAAGUACCUAUCUUGUGUUCUGACAGCUUUUGUAUACGUAAAGCGACAGACGGGCUUGUCUGACUGAUUCGGGACGUUUUCACCGAGAGGAUCCGUGUACGGAGAAGAGCACUCCCCCCGGGUUUGAUAUCAAGAGUUGCUGGGCCUGAGCUGUGCAGCCUUGUAUAGGUUUGGUUUUCACCCCCCAAGUGUCCCGUGGAUAUCAGCUGACCAUGGCGGUCUGAGCAGAGAAAACGGGAGGAAAGAAAAAGCCUGGCGCAGUGUGUGUACACUCUAACACAGCGAGGCUUGACCAGCAGAGAGAAGAGCCGGAGCAAAGAGGAGGGGAAAACAAAAAAAGCACAUUUAAAUACAAAAUGUCUCAAAACAGAGAACUUGUGCUUUUCUACAUAAGGUAUAAACUCUCCCAGAGAAACUAUCCUCUCAACCACAUAGUACUCAACGAGCCUUCGAACAGGACUGAUGGGGGGGCAGCGGGGUUGGAUGAGGAACAGCGAAUAGACACACACGCCAAUGGGACUUUUAAUGGCACCAGUCCCGGGACCCCACCGGCAUCCCCGCAGCGGCGGCAGCAGCAGCCGCCAUCAACGACGGACCUCGACGCAGUGAAGGAGGCGCUCCGGGACACGGCCAAUGAGUUCGAGCUGCGAUACGCUCGUGCCUUCAGCGACCUUCACAGCCAGCUGCACAUCACGCCGGCCACGGCCUACCAAAGCUUCGAGAACGUGAUGGACGAGGUGUUCCGGGACGGCGUUAACUGGGGCCGCAUCGUAGGGCUUUUCGCGUUCGGCGGGGCACUGUGUGUCGAGUGCGUCGAGAAGGAGAUGAGCCCCUUGGUGGGCAGGAUCGUAGAGUGGAUGACGGUCUACCUAGACAACCACAUUCAGCCCUGGAUCCAGAGCCAAGGAGGAUGGGAGCGCUUCGCUGAAAUCUUCGGGCAGGAUGCGGCGGCUGAAAGCCGGAGGUCUCAGGAGAGUUUCAAGAAGUGGCUGCUGGUGGGGAUGACGGUGGUGACAGGCGUUGUGGCGGGUGCGCUUAUCGCGCAAAAACGCCUGUGAGCCCUCUCGCUCUCCAGUCGUCUCCUUCACAACCCUCAACAUUUAGAUGAAGGUCCAGUUCGUCUGAUCAUAGCUGCUGACGAUGUUUACUCCCCUAACCCCUACCAUCCUGCAUCCCUCCCCCCCAUCCGCUCCCACAGUGGACUAAGAAUCUUCAAAUGUUGAGAAGAAGAAAGAAGACAGAUAUUGAAAGACGUUUCGUUUUCCAUUCUCCGAAACCAGUUGUUCCUUUCAUUCCAUUCUUCACUCGUUCCUACACCUUGUUUAUAUGUAAUAGUUUUAACAAAUUUGUUUCUCCAUUUUCAUCAACAGAACAAGCUGAAACCGAUUCUAGUCUUACAGUUUAACCCAGACUUAUCUAAUGGCUCCAGAUGUGUUGCUGUUGAAGCUUGUUUUUCCUACAGACGCCACAAUCACAGCUCUGUAAAGCUCUGUAUGUGCCAUAUGGAGAGCAAAGUCAGGGGAAAGUUUACUGUAAGUCUUUCGUAGUUUCCUGCAAGCCAUCCUGAUCACCGUCACAUACAGCAACAUAACCCAUCACUUCACACAUUGGGUUUUUUGGGGGGGUUUCCCCCUCACCCUAUCUUUCAUGCCGGUUGGCUUGUGUAUGAGCGCUAGAUUAAACUGACUCAUGCAGAUUAGCGUCCACUAGUUUGUUGAUGCGUGGUUUUUUGUUUUUGUGUGUUUUGUUUGUUUUGUUUUUUCUUUAUUUCUCAACUAUUAAAAUCCCACCCCGACUGGUCUGUGCUUUAUGGUCAUAGUUGGCCUCAGUUCGACCAUCGCGUGUGGCAGGUUGUCAGAAUCAGUUCAACCACAGUUCAUAGGAGCAGGGUGCCAUGGCUCAGACGCUCAAUGUUCACCAUACAGUAGCUGAAGAAUGCAGCCAUUACUGUAGCAAUUCAUGCAAUAGCUAGAGCUUCAUUGUUUCCAGGCAUGCUUUGGCUACACUGAAAGAAGUGUCUUUAAUCUCACAGGGGACCUAUCAUGCAUAUGUCCUGUGGUGGUGCUCAUAUUAAAUGGGGCUUCAAAUUUAAGUGUGCGGAGUUUCAGAACAUUUUGUCAUCAGCUGACGCGAUCAACAUCUGUGCUCCUCCCACCAUGAAAAAUCAAAACACCAACAUCUUUGCUAUGAUAGAGAAGUGGCCGACACCGCACAGUGAAAAUGUUUCGAAACUCUUUCUCUCUGACGCGUUUAAACACAUGAUUGGCUAAUAAUUCUCCAGUUUCAGCUGCUGAUUGGCUUUUUGGCGAGAGAGCCAGGGAAACAACAUUAGCGUCUCAGAAUUCUCCCACAGAUUUUUAUCUGGGAAUCUUUGAGUGCCAUAUCUCCUCCUCCAUAUAAUGUUGCUGCUAUUAGCACAGCAGCCACUCACAUUCGCUGUUUAAACCUUGUGUUUACAAGAGGCAGCCAAUCAUAAAACUUCCCUGAAAGGAAGUGUAAGGGGCCUAAAAUGGCAUCAAAGCCCAGUAUACGAUCUAAGGACUGUGAGUCAUGCCCUUAAUAGGUCCACUUCAAGAUUGUCAUUGGGUGAUAUGUUUGGUACUACUUUGUUUGAACACCCCCUCCUCUAUAAACAGUAUAAAAAACGUCAUAUAUUCUAACACUGCUGCAGUGUAAUUCCUAUGAGGCAUCAGUAACAGGUGUAUGAACAGUUAAUCAGUAACUGACAAUGUAACAGCUCACAUGAACAAAUCCUGCAUGAAUGAGUGCGACUGGCCUCAUUCAUACAUGAUCAAGAUCCACUUACAAGGUUUCAACUACACUUCAUGGCCGUCAUCACAUAGAGCAAAGAUGGAUUCGGCAGUUCAAAAAUAAUCAUGUGGUAAGAGCUUAAAUAACAAAAGUGUUGAUAUAAAUGACCAAAUGCUCUGUAUUUGACUUUAUGACCCCUGCACAACACUGCUGGAGGUCUACCAGAGUUGUUGACGCAGUUAUCAGCGUGGCUCUAAUAGCAGUCGUCUAUUGCCUGUUCAUCUCCAGGUGCAGAUGCUUCACAGGAUUUACAGCUACUUUAUAUUACUAUAAAAUUAUGAAUCAAUUAAGGUGCAACUGGUUUGAUGAUUGUUACUGAUCUAAAAGUCAUUGGGUCCAACUUCUAUAAUGCUGCUUUUAAUUAACUGACAAUGAAAACAGCCCCUAGAUGCAGCCAUAACUUCUUAAAAAUAGACCAUUCGUUUAAGAUUUAUUUUUUUGGGAGGGGUGUAGAUGAAAGUGUUUGAGUCAUUUUCACAGAUUAUUUUGCAAUAAAAUCCUAAUCAUGAGCUGCACUGUUCAAACACACAGCUGUUUGUUUUUUUCCUCCCUAUAGUUUAUUUUCCCCACUGUGUCCUAAUCAAUUUUUAUUUUUGAGCCUUUAGUCACAUCUGACACUGAUCGGUGACACACUUCAUGCUUCGUGUUAUCGUCACUGGAGCAAGCAGAUUUAUGUAGCAAACUGAUGAAGCAGCUGUCCUUCAGGAGACGAUGCGGUUCUGCUUCGCGUCGUCUGCGAGCUAAAGAAAUGUGUCUCACUUCGUGUUUGUGUACCAUCUUGAGCAAAUCAGCAGCUGUCAGCGGCUGUAGGAGCAUGAAACUCAAAAUCUAAACAUUCAUAUCUCAUCUCGCUCAAUUCCAGUUAUCCACAAACCCCUCCCACCCCUCUUUUUCCACCUCCUUCGUCCUCCCCAGACGCUUCAGAGCUGUCAAACCGCCAUCAGUCUCUUCUCUUCCCCUCGCCAUCCAGCUCCACCUCUUCCUCCCGCGGUCCCCCAGCUGUCACUGCACUUAGUCACGUGUGUCAGUCACAGCUGGCCCACCUGCUGCUUCGCAGACACAUGCACGCACGUGCCAAUCAGAGCCGGUCCACAGGAGAUGGAGGAAGGGAAGGAGACACCUAUCCAUCUUUAAUUUGAAGCUGAAGUCAGAAGAGUGUUUGUCGCCUGGCGUGUUGUGCACUAACAACUGCUCGAUUAAUUUACUGGGAAGGAUGGGGUUGGGGUGGUGGUGGAGAAGGGAGUACACUCAUUCCCGUUCCCAGAAUCUUCCCACUGCUUCCAAAUUUGAUCUUAUUCCAAACAGCCUCUCCCUCUCUCUGCUGAACAGUGUGUCCUACAGCACAAUAAAGCACUGUGGAGCUUUACAGGCGAGUGCUGUUUUCUCAUCGAGGCACUACACUCAGCCACACCUAGUAAACAUUAAAGGAACAGAGUGUAAUGCAAACAAGAGGAAAAAAGGAUUUGUGGUUGAGACAUCCAUCAUGGUGUCCAGCUACCAGCUUUGCCUCCAUGUUCAAAACAAGGACUCAUCACUCACGUCACAUAUUGGCUCCUUUAUGUUACCGUCCACAUAUUUUUCCUGUUAAUGCCCUGAUUUUUGACCUGGUUAUGAAUAUUUCACCAAAAUCACACAAAACGCAAAGCCUGAAUAAUCAGUAUCGUUUGGUUUGCUCGUGUUCUCCUCACCGCCUUGUUAGCCAGGGUAUGUUCUCAAACAUUCCAGUACAGUAUAUAUCUAUUUUUUUAGCCCCAUCAAAAGCUCCUCACAGGCUUGUCCCUGCUGUCCGGGCCCCUGACUCUAACGAGCUCUUUUCUUACCCAUUUAUAGAUGUGUGUGCGUGUGUGCGUGCGUGUGUGCGGGAGCAUGUGUGUGAAUUUCUUUCUGGCAGAAGGGAGGCACAAAUGAAGGAAGUGUGACAGCAUUGGCACGACCCCCCCACAUAUAUAUGCUAGUUAUUUAAGCUGAUUAGAAUAGUAUUAGCUUAGUGAAAUAUUUAAAACAGACCUGAUGGCUUUCAACUUUAUUUAUAUUUGGUGUCAAAAAAUAGAAAAAAAAAAAAAAAAAAAGCAUAACUGUGCUCCUUCAAAUGGCCUUAAAUUCCAUCGUUGCAUCCAUGUGCACUGUCAGUCGUGUUUUUUUUCUUUUCUUUAGGACUGUUGGACUGCUAGUAGAUGAAAAGAAAUGCAAACAAAUCAAGAAAACAUUUUCAAAAAAAGUUAUCCGGUGUGUUCCUGUUGGGUCUAAAUUAAAGUUUGCUGUCAUGUCCAAUGGUCACUUUGUAUGUCUUUAGAAUGCCAAUGUAAAAUUUGAAAUGACACUGAACCUAAUAAAGCCCGUUGUUGGAAGAUA